CUCACACUUGCAAACCAUUCUUGUCCUUCCUUCUCAAAUCUAAAACUUUUCUCUAGUUUUCUGAAGCCUUCAUUUUCAAUGUCGGGAAGAGGAAAGGGGGGAAAGGGGCUCGGAAAGGGAGGAGCCAAGAGGCAUAGGAAGGUCUUGAGAGAUAACAUUCAGGGCAUUACUAAGCCCGCUAUUCGUCGUUUGGCUCGCAGAGGAGGAGUAAAGAGAAUCAGCGGCCUGAUCUAUGAAGAAACCAGAGGUGUAUUGAAGAUCUUCUUGGAGAACGUGAUUCGUGAUGCUGUGACCUACACUGAGCACGCAAGAAGGAAGACUGUUACCGCCAUGGAUGUUGUUUAUGCCUUGAAAAGGCAAGGCAGGACUCUCUAUGGUUUUGGAGGUUAAACUUAGCAAUCUUAAUAAUAGAUUUAGCUUUUGGAAUGUUAAGUUUAUGACUGUAGAAUUAUGGAUCUUGGCUAUAGAUCUUUUCUUUUAUGUUGCUGAUGCUGUUGUAAUAUUUGAUAUUUCUAAUAUUGUCAAUGGAUUUAGUUCAACAAUGUUUU